ACUUCCGGUUGUUAAAUUUCCAGGUUUUUGUUCAUUUUAUUUCGUUUUCUCCGUUAUUGUCCUUUUCUGGCAAAAUAUGUGACAUUUAUCAGAAACCUAUUUUUUGUUGCACCUGAUGAUGUCUCCUGUCCCAGACGACAGUGAAGAAAAGAAGGCUCCAGACACGGAGGACAUCUCCAUGGAUCACCUAGACAUCAACCCUAUUGAUUUCACCGAUUCUGAUGGAAGUGAUGAAGAAGAGGAUGGGGACGACCCUGUCCAUGCAGGUUACAUGCCCCUCUCACAGGGACCACCGACACUGGAUAGUGACGAAGAGACUGUAGGUGAUGCACAAUCCAACUUGUCCAGUUCUGUUGGAUCCAAUAAUAGUGUCAUAGACCAUGCAGUCAGGAGUGUCAUUGACUCUGAUUUUGACAAUUCAAUUGGAGCCGUGGCAAGCUCUAUCUUCCAGGGAGCAGAAUCAAAUGGGAAUGCUGAUACAGGAACAAGCAGUCUGUGGAAUCAGAAAGUUACUGCUGAGCCUUUACCCAAAGAACAAGCAGAGGAAGUCAAGAAAGUGAUGGCUGGCUUCCUUUUACCACCGAGUAGCCAUCCAGAUUGGGCCAAGAAUCUGUCGGACGAUGAAUGGAAAUCAAAGGUGUUACCACAUCUAAGUGGGAAGAGCGAAGUGAAGGUAUCUGACUCGAGAAGGGAAGAGAAACGGUAGCAGAAUGUUUACGUCCUAUUGGAGGUUAAUGGUUAUCGCGAAAUUGAUGAAGACAGUAAUUGAUUCUUAAUAUGUCAGUUACAGACAAAGCUACUUCUCCAUGUGUUCAGUUAUUCAGAGGACUUCCUCAGUUUCUGGGUGAAUAUGCAGUGCGUCACCAGGGCAGGAAAUGCUGUCCAUGGACUGUGGGGGAAGACAGUAUGAUUCUUAUUACCCAUACAUUUGUAUAGAGUAUGCAGUAUACUUAUAUGUAUUGGAAUAUAUUCACUCAUGUGUAUCAUGGCUUGACUCUGGUCUGGACUUUUGAUGACUUAACUUCUUACACAAGUGGAUGUACAAAUGUGAAACUACAAUCUGUUUCUAUGAGUUGUCAUUGUGCUGAAGUUAGAGCAGGAAAGGCUUGGGACAUAGUUUGGCACCCUUGAUGAUGCUUGUGUGCCUCUUCUGCCAUCAAUUGAGAACCAGAAAAAAAUCAAAGCAAAUUUGAUAUCAAUCUGUGAAUCAAGACAUGCUUUUGUUUAUGAGAUUCGAUCAGUGUCUAUGAUCAGUCUUUUCUCUGUGUUUACAUGUAAAUAUAUAUGUACAUAUAAAAUAUAGAAUUGUAUUCA